AUGCCAGGAGGAGCCUGGGUGGUGGCGAUGGCAAUGGUGCUCUUGGUCCCCGGAGAAGGGCAGCAAGCUCCGGAGUGCUCUCCGGGGGGGCACCAGUUUCUUCAAAGUCCAUACAGAAGUGUCCACUUUGACUCCAUGCACCUGCAGCGGUCAGCUACUCAAGACCUGGUUUGUGACCACUCCCUCACCCCUGGGUGGUACCGAUUUCUCAUCUAUGACAGACCUGCUGAGAUGCCAACGAAGUGUGUUGAGAUGAACCACUGUGGAACUCAGGCUCCCAUCUGGCUGUCUCUAGGAGAUUCAGAAACACUGCCUUCUCCUGGAGAAAUCAAGCAACUGACUGCUUGUGCCACAUGGCAGUUUCUGUUUACAAAGGACUGCUGCCUCUUUCAAAUCCCUGUGACUGUAAGAAACUGUGGGGAUUUUUUUGUGUAUUUGCUACAGCCAACUCAGGGUUGUAUGGGUUAUUGUGCAGAAGCUAUUUCUGGUAUAAAAUUAUACACAUGUGGUCCUGAAGAAAUAGAAAUUGGAGGUAAUUGCAUUGGUCUGCUGUCAGUCUCCUCACCACCUCCUUCUCCAGGAAGACCCAAGGUUGUGGUGGAGGUGAUAGAAUCUAAGCUUUUCUGUAGAUGUACUUUUGAUAUUCCCCCAACAAAGACCUCAGUGGGAUUUCUCAUAGCCUGGUCUAGACUUUCUUCUCAACAAAUCAAAGAGGAGCUGAAACAGGAGACCACAAUUCAAGCCUUCUCUCUUUUAGAACUCGAUGGCAUAAACGUUGUACUUGGGGAUAGGAUUUUUUGCAGUGCUUCUAUCUUUUUCUUGGAGAAUCCAGAUAUACUAAGUUUGUCCAUUGAAAGCCAAGAAUUUUUUGCGGGCAUUAAGUUACAACCUGAAUUGAGCACUAUAUCCGAAGAUGGGAAAGAACAUUGGCUACGAAUAGAGAGCACAAUUCCCAUUGUUUGUCCUGACUUUAGUGAGUUUGAUCAAGAAUGCAAAGUCUCAUUAAAGUUGAAAACCGUUGAUCAAGGUACAGAACAACUAGGCUUAAAUUUGGCAUUGUCUUCCUGUCACGUGGAGCUACAGCAGACUUCAUCCUGCACCAAUGGAACCUGUAGCCAUGCUGUCAUACGCUACAUGGCUGUAACAGACUUUUCCCAAGAUGGAGAUAGAAUUACAAGCAUUGAAGUACAGCCUGUAGUCAAAGAGAACGUCCUGUGGAACAGCUACAUUCCAGAUGGUAUUCAGAUCAAAGUCAAGGAUGUCCCAACUGCUUACUGUUAUUCAUUUACUGAUCCACAUAUAAUUACCUUUGAUGGCAGGGUAUAUGAUAACUUCAAGACUGGAACAUUUGUGCUUUAUAAGAGUACAGCGCGUGACUUUGAAAUCCAUGUGCGUCAGUGGAACUGUGGAAGUCUUCACUACCCUGCAUCAUGUAACUGUGGGUUUGUUGCCAAAGAAGAAGGUGAUGUAGUUACUUUGGAUAUGUGCAGUGGAAAGUUACAUGAAUCACAACCAUAUUUAUUUGUAAAGAGCCAUGAUGCAUCCAGCAAUAUCAAGAUAAGUGAAUCUUAUUUAGGAAGAAAAGUCACAAUUUGGUUUUCUUCCGGAGCGUUUGUCCGUGCUGACCUUAGUGAAUGGGGCCUCAGUCUCACCAUUAGAGCCCCUAGUUCUGAUCACAAGAAGACUUUGGGGCUCUGUGGCACCUUCGAUGAGAACCCUGAAAAUGAUUUCCAUGAUAAAAACGGAAUCAACAUGGAUGAUCAUUUUAAUGAUUUCAUUAACGAAUGGAGGAUUGUACCUGGAGAGAGCAUGUUUGACACGAAGCCAAAUUCUCUCACAUAUCCUCCAAGACUCUCUUAUUGUAGCUGUUCACUGGGGACAGUAUCAGAGCACCCAUUUUCUCACCACGCCUACAGUGUUUCACAGUCCGAAAUUGAUUCCAAUUGUGAAGACAUCAGACAUGUUCUGUUCUCCUCUUUGAUACCAGAACUAGAUGUCACCUUAGCAUACAUAAACAUUUCUGUGGACUUUAACCUGGAAAAUCUUGACAGAAGGAUAAAUAAGCACAUCUUUGAAGAGGAAAACAAUUUCGGUUUCUUAUUGCAAGAAACAAUAUUUGCAAACCUAACCAAACUGGACUUGAAUUUACAACAUCCUGGGAAUGGAAAACAAGUCUCACCAGAAUAUUUGGAUAGUGAAGGACAGAACCAAGGUAAUUACAGCCAAGACAUGAAGUGGAAUCGGCUAAACCGAUGGAAAAGACAAAACUUGAAUGAAUUUUUGCUUUCACUGACUUUUCAAAGUCACUAUGAAACAAACCUGGAAGAAUUUACUUAUUUUUUCCCCGAGGAUCAUGUUGAAGUUGCCCAUCAAGAAUUUGUUCCCUCAUGGCCUACACCUUCUGGCCUUACCAAAUCCAGCACCUUGGCCCUCUGUCAGCAGACAUUAGCCAACUCCAGCAUAGGAAGGCUCUGUCUUGCGUUUCUUGGCAAGAGACUAGAUCAGGCCAUCGACAUGUGUGUUAAGGAUGUUCUUCUUAAAGAUGACGUUAGCUGGGCAGAAGCCAGUGUGGCACUUUUGGAAAAUGAAUGCGAAAAGCGAGUUUUAGAAGCCAGAAAAUACAACACAGAAGAAUUUGAUGAGCCAUUUGAAGAUAUUCUCUUGGUAUUAAAAUGCCCGGGCUUAUGCAGUGGUAAUGGGCAGUGUAUGGAAUGGGGGUGCAUGUGUUUUCCUGGCUUUAGUUCCUAUGACUGCAGCAAUAUGUAUGUCAAAGCCCCUGAAAUCACUGAGCUUGAGAAUGCUGGAUUCUGCGAUAUUCAGAGAUAUAACUGUGUGAUGGUCAGAGUUUUUGGUGAAGGCUUCAAAGAAACUCCUUCCAUUAAGUGUGAAGUUACCAAACUGCAAUAUAAUGGCAGUAAAUGGGUGCUGGGCGAAUCCAUCUCUGUUCAGACUAUCUUUCAGAACAGCAGAACUGUUGAUUGUCAAUUACCAACUGAGGUAAAGCAGGCUAAUGCCAUGGAUCUGAUGGGUGAGAAUCCAAUUAUGAAGUGGCAAUUAAAGGUAUCUAAUGAUGGCUACAAAUAUAGUAAUCCCAUGGUAAUGAUCAUAUACAAUGGAGCCUGCCAAAUUUGUGGUCCCCAUGAAAAUGACUCGUGUACUAUCAAGGAAAAUGUUUGCAUUAUUGAUGGGCUCUGCUAUGCUGAAGGGGACAAAAAUCCUACUAUCUCAUGUUUGAUUUGUAGACCACAAACCUCAAAAUUUACUUGGUCCUAUUUAGAAAGAAACCAACCCCCUAUGAUUCAAUCCUCGCAAGACAAACUACAUACCUUUUAUGGAGAAAAUUUUGAGUACCAGGUUAUGGCCCUGGAUCCAGAAGGUUCUGAGAUCCAUUUUACACUGGAGUCUGGUCCUGAAGGAGCAAAUGUUACCUAUACAGGACUUCUUACAUGGAAAGCAGAGACACAAAUCCCCCCACCUUUCUUUCUUCGCCUUUGGGAUGACUGUGGUGCUGAGACAAAUGUCACAAUUCAGGUGGCUGUGGAGUCUUGUGGCUGCUUGAAUGGUGGAUCAUGUGAGGCUAACAGGAGCUUUCCUCCAGGGAGUGGAGCAUACCUGUGUGUCUGCCUGCCUGGCUUCCAGGGUGUUCUUUGUGAAGAGGAUGCCAGUGAGUGCCAAUCAAACCCUUGUGGCCUUGGCAAAUGUCAUAGAAAUUUUCAUAGUUAUUUUUGUGAUUGUCCACCUGAACUCAAAGGAAACAACUGUGAAGAAGAUGUUGACGAAUGUGAAUCUGGGCCUUGCUUUCCGGGAGCAGAGUGCCUCAAUACCUUUGGUUCCUAUUAUUGUGGCUCAUGCCCAAAAGGAUUUUAUGGUGAUGGGAAACUAUGCCAUGAUUUGAAUUUUCACCCACUCGAAACAGAGCAUUUGGUAAAUGGUACAAGCUUUACUGCCAGUCCCACUACUACCAAAAACCUCUUGAUCACAGCAAACAACUCUCACUUGCCAUUAAACUCAAUUACGGCUCUCAUGGAUAAUUUGAAGAAAGCUGUUUCUCAUCAAACGUCAGGUUAUGAAUAUGUGGACAAGGUUCUCAGUGCAAAUCGGAGUCUGGAUGAGCUACAAGCUCCUGCAAAUAACAGUCUUUUAAGCAUUCAUGCAAACAGCUCCCAUGGUGAUGUAAAGGACGUUUUUCAGAGUGUGAUCCAAACAGAGAUGGGAGGACAUCCUUCCAAGAUUAACACAUCUCUCCAAGCCUAUGCCCAGUUGGCUUCUUCUUCACCAGGGACGAAAGCAGUAACAGUUUUGGCAGGAAAGUCUGGAUCAACCACAAUGUCAACUUGCACUAAAUCAUCCUGUUUUCUUGGCGUUUCCUGUGUACCAACCAGAGAUGGCCAUUUUAAAUGUGGACGUUGCCCUUUAGGGUACUAUGGAGAUGGUAUCAAUUGCAAAGCUAUUUGUAGACACCCAUGUGGGAGAAGCAGAGAGUGUGUGGGCCCCAACAUGUGCAGAUGUAAAGCAGGCUACAUUGGUUCUAACUGCCAAACGGCGGUAUGUCAGCCUGCUUGCAAAAAUCGUGGAAAAUGUGUGAAGCCUCAUGUGUGUGAAUGUCCUCCGGGAUAUGGAGGAACAACCUGCGCUGAAGAACAUUGCAAUCCUCCUUGUCAACAUGGUGGCACAUGCUUGUCUGGCAACCUCUGCACUUGUGCUUAUGGUUUUGUGGGACCCAGGUGUGAAACAAAGGUUUGUAACAGGCACUGUGAGAACUCAGGUGAAUGUCUUGCACCAGAUGUUUGCCAGUGCAAGCCAGGCUGGCAUGGACCCACCUGCAAUACAGCUUUGUGUGAGCCCAUUUGCCUCAAUGGUGGUUCCUGUUACAAGCCAAACACUUGUCUCUGCCCAAAUGGAUUCUUUGGAGCCCAGUGUCAGAAUGCCAUCUGUCACCCUAGCUGCAAGAAUGGUGGCCACUGCCUGAGAAACAACGUGUGUGUCUGUCGUAAAGGAUACAUGGGAAAGAGAUGCCAGAAAAGUAUCUGUGAUCCUAUGUGCAUGAAUGGAGGCAGAUGUGUGGGACCAAACAUUUGCUCUUGCCCUUCUGGUUGGAGUGGGAAACAAUGCAGCACACCUACCUGCUUUCAGAAAUGUAAAAAUGGAGGUGUCUGCGUUGCUCCUGGGGUGUGCUACUGCCCUCCCACGUGGGAAGGAGGGCAGUGUCAAAUACCAGUUUGUGAUCUGAAGUGUCUUUAUGGAGGCCGAUGUGCAUUCCCCAAUGUGUGUUCUUGCCGCACUGGAUAUUCUGGCGUCAACUGUGAAAAGAAAAUACAGCCGAAUCCUUCCUUUUGUGAUGAAUACAGAUCAUCUUCAUUCUCCAUUAGUAUGGCUUCUGAGGCUGCCCCGGGAAUCAAGCAAGGGAAAAAAGCAGUAUGGGGAAGAAAAGCAAAGAAAAUCUAG